AAGUUCUAGGUGAAACUUUAAGUUCAUUUGAAGGUUGACUGAUUGACGUUUUAUUAUUGACAAUCUUGAUUUCGAAUUUGACAGAUUGUUCAAUUUGGUCAAAUUGGAGUGUUUGGGCAGUGCAAUAUUUUAAUUUUAGUGAAAUAAAAGUAUAGUUUAACAGUGAAGUAAACAUUUGUACGACCCCCGCAGGAUUAUUUGUGUAUACAUGUUAUUUUUCGUCCAGUAGUUAAGUACGUAUGUCUUUUUAAACUGUUAGUUUUUGUGUAGUAAUUGUACACCGCAAGUGAUAACAAGUUACAUCAACAUACUAGCUUACCGAUUUACCCAGAUAGCAAGACAGAUUUAGAGCAAAAUGACUACUGAGACCGAAGAAAAAGCUCUCCGAUACAGGAGAGCUCAAAGUGUUUCAAAGGCAGAAGAAAUAACUGAACAAGAAAAGAAAGUUCGUAAGUUGCAGCUUGAUAAGCCCAUUCACACUCCAAGAGAUUCCCUAUUCUCAUGGAGCUCGGAAUUCAAUGAUUUCACUGGUCUCGUCAACUGGGGCUUCCUGAUGCUCUCAGUGGGAGGAGUCAGAUUAGGCCUUGAAAAUUUUUUAAAAUAUGGAUUUCGUGUUAACCCACUUGAAUGGAUUGUAGUAUUAACAGGGUACAAUGAAGGGGAUCAAAGCCAAUACCCUUCAGUUAUACUGAUAGUUUUUAGCAUUGUGCCCAUUGUUCUAAGUCUACUAAUCGAAAAAGGAAUAGCUGUUGAUUUAAUACCAAACAAAUUCGGCGUCAUAUUGCAGGUUACUCACUUGCUUCUCAUGGUAUUACUGCCUAUCGCAGUCCUACAUUACAGGGGCAAUGAUUUCAGUUUCGUUGGUAUAACAUCAGUCUGUAUGCUCUACUUGGUAAUAUUUUUAAAACUGUGGAGUUACACUCAAACGAAUUAUUGGUGUCGCCUUGGGUUGAAGAAGAAGUAUUCGGAUAGUAAACUUCGAAGACAGAGUUUGUCAGCACCUAAUUGGAAUAAACUUGUUUCGGCCGAGCAAGAGCAGAGUAAGGAAGACCUAAUCAAUGACACUCCGGCUGCAGCGAGACUGACCAAAUACCCGGACAAUUUGAACUUAAAAGACCUGUUUUACUUUAUGUUGGCCCCCACCCUUUGUUAUGAGUUGAAUUUCCCCAGAACUGCACGGAUCAGGAAGCGUUUUGUAAUUAAAAGGGUAUUGGAACUGUUCUUCGGGAUAAAUCUAGCUCUGGCGUUGUUCCAACAAUGGAUGAUACCCACCAUCACGAAUUCGGUGGAGACUUUCACCAAGAUGGAUCCUAUAAGAAUAACGGAACGAUUGUUGAAAUUAGCCGUACCAAACCAUCUUAUUUGGCUGUGUUUCUUCUACCUCACCUUCCAUUCGUUCCUUAACCUGAUGGGUGAGCUGCUGCAGUUUGCUGAUCGCAAGUUUUAUGGAGACUGGUGGAAUGCCAACAAUAUCUCAGUUUUCUGGAGUACUUGGAACAUGCCAGUUCAUAUGUGGGCGGUCAGACACGUGUAUAAACCGAUAACUGGAAUGGGGUUCAGCAAAUUCAACGCUGGAAUCGUUGUCUUCGCCAUAUCUGCAUUGUUCCAUGAAUAUUUGGUGAGCGUGCCGUUACAAAUGUUUAGGAUUUGGGCGUUCUUAGGUAUGAUGGCACAACCACCGCUAGCGAUAAUCUCUCGCACUGCGGAAAAAAGGCUCGGGCCUCGUUGGGGUAAUAUCAUGGUGUGGAGUUCCUUGAUCCUUGGCCAGCCUCUUGCCAUCAUGAUGUACUACCACGACUACGCCAUGUUGCAUUUUAAACCAACGCCAGAAGUGCCAUAAUUGAAAAAACUGAAGAGAUUGAUAGUGAAAAAGUUUUGUAGCACUUUUAGAUAUUGUAUUAAAAAAAAACUUGAUACUUAUCAACAUCACAAGGUAAGAAGUAGUAAAAUGUUCCUUCUCCAGUAAUAUUACAAUAAAAUUCAUAGUGCUCAUUAAAUUAUAAUUAAUAAAGCGUAUUUAAAGUGCUGCAAUAUCUUUUUAAAAUAUUAGAGAUGCUAUAAAUUUAAUAUACUUAUGAAACAAUUGGUUUAUUAGUCAAGAGUUGGCCAAAAUUUUUAUAGAUGAAAUUAGGAUUAGGAUAAUUACUAGUAUAGUAAUUUAAUUUAGGUACAUUUUAAGUCAAGCAAUUCAUGUGUUCUAGUUGUAAUUUUUGCAGUUAGUGGUUGAACUAAGAAGUUUUUAUUUAUGGUGUAGGUUGUCGAUGAUUUAGGUGUUAAAACAUGGGGUUAAUUUUGGUAAAAUUUAAGUCAAUUUUGUAGGGAGUGUGUUCGACAGAUCCCUAUAAUUUUCCUGAUUUUUUUGCAUUUUAAUUAAGACUGAACGCACUUUGGUGCUACACAAUAUAUUGUGAUAUCCUAGGCCAUGUCUCGAAAACACUAAAUGAAUUAUGAUGAUUCUCCUUUUUAUUACAUUCUUAUUUCGUGAUUGAAAUAAGAAUUGGUCUUCUCUAAAAUGCAAUUUAUGAACAAUUUUUUUAGUACAAACAAUCGUUGGUAAUGUAAUCAAUUUUUGAAAGGUUUAUUUUUUUACUGCGCACUACAGGAAAUUAUGAAUAAUGCUAUUUAUUAUUUAUUAUAGUCAUAUUAUAAAUCACAUUUAUGAUAUAAAGGCAUUUAAAUGAAUUUGUUAUGAUCGGAU